GGCAGCAACAGACGCUAGAGCAGCCCCCGUAUACGGCAAAAUUAUUUAACGUAAAAAGGCAAAGAUUCCGUUUUGGCGCCAAGCGAAAUUUUGGCGAAAUUCGAAAAACUCACAGAAGUGACAAAGACAUUUUGAGAAACUUAAGUGAAUAAGUGCAAUAAGUGACAUUUAUUGAGACUAGAAAAAACUACAAAAGAAAAAUCAAACGAUGGCAAUCGCUUACUUUAUACCCGAUCAGGCGCAACUGUUGGCCAGGAGCAGGCAACAAGCAAGUGCGCAACAAGCAGCAGGCAGCGUCGGCUCGAGCCCAACGAAUGUCAGGCAAAACGAGGCCCGACAACAGCAACAGCCACAGCAGCAACAGCAACAGCAACAGCAACAACGAAGACAACAACGCGCCGGCAGCUCACAGUUUCGCGCCAACAUUUCAGUGCCGUUGGGCCGCGAACAGGGCGCCAUGUCCAUGUCGGAGUUCGGCUGCUGGGAGCUGUUGGCUCAGAUUUUCUGCUACGCCUUGCGGCUCUACAGCUACAAUCCCGCACAGCGCAGGCCGACAGUCAUACAAAUCUCGUUCGAGAUUAGUAGCGGCGCCAGUGAUGCGGAUGCAACUGGAGGAGCAGCAGAUGAGGAUGCUCAUGCUGAUGCUGACGUUGGAGACGUGACAGAUGCGAAGCAGGAGUAG